GGAUCUUUAUUGCAGAACGAUGGGUUCAUUACGGAGACGCGUGCGGGGCAAGAGGCGAAGAGCAAAGAAAAUGCGACCGGUAUCUGUUACUUCCGAAUACGGAACGAUAUUUUUUAACAACAUAUAAUCAUACCUGUGUUUAGAUAUGGGAGCGAAGAGUGUAGAAGGAUUUGUCAUGCUGGAGCUCGCUGCCGAAGCCUUCCAAGCAAAAAACUUUCAGCUUGCCGCUGACAUCUACGAAUGCCAACUACAAAAUUUCACCGACCACGCUACUCAACAUGAGCUGUUAUUGAAACGAGCUGAUGCGCUGGCAUUUGAUGGCAAGCUUAGCGAGGCUUUCGAAAUAUACCAACGGGCUUCUAAAAUCGACAGGUUGCGACCUGCGCAGCUUGAAAAUCUGACUGAAUGUCUGACCAACAGCAUCCUAAGAAAAGAAGGGAUUGUCAGUCACAAGACCCAACCGGAGCUGGACACUAUAACAUGCGGCGGAUAUGAUGCUUUCACUUGUAGGAUAUGUUGUGGAUUUCUGUGCGAGCCGGUAACACUGCCUUGUGGACACUGCUUUUGCAGAAAGUGCCUGGAAAAGGAAAAUGUGCCAGUCUGCUGCAAAGAAUGCAAAGACUGUUCAAAACUCACCGAUGUACAGAGUUACAGAGUCAACGUGGUCCUUAGCAACUUGUUGUCCAAGUGGUAUCCCUCUCAGCUGCUUGUAGUUGAAUUGAGGCAUGAGGGGAAUAGGUUAUAUGCAGAGAAAAAACUGGAGGCUGCUCUGAUGAAAUACAACGAAGCUAUACAAAUAGCUCCAAGGGACCAUCUGCUGUUCAGAAACCGUUCACAGAUUAACUCAGCCCUGAAAAAGUUUGAUGAUGCAUUGAGUGAUGCAGACACAGCAUGCAAACUUCAGCCUCAUUGGAUAAAGGGACAUUUAAGGAAAGCACAAGCUCUUCUUUCGCUGAAGAAGACAGAAGAAGCUUUAACAGAGUACCUGUUCUGCAUUGCUCUAGAACCGGAAGGCAAACUAGCAAAGUCAGAAGCUCAAAAGCUGCUGAGUGACCUCUUCGCUCCAGUUCCUGAUGACGUCCAGGAGAGAAUACCAGACUGCAGUACGCUGCUUUCCUCCAGAGCCAGACUAAAGGGAAAUGCAGCAACCUCUCUGAGUUCGUUUGGCAGUGCCGGCUCAGUAAAUCUCCACAAGAAUGGAAACGCAUCUUCUCCAGAAAAUCUGAAGCCGGUGCCAGCUUCAAAUCGACCGAAAGAAGUGGACAGUGCGAGACUGAAGCAGGCCUGCUGUGAGGAGGGUAAAGAGGAGGGGGGCAUCUCCUCGUUCUAUCACCCCACCGUUUUGGACAGGUGCUACAUUCUCAAACGCAAGCGCAGCGACGAGGAAGACGUCGAAGAGGAGGAAGAGGAGGACGGAAAAGCCGGAGGCAGAGAACGGCGGUGCAAACGCUCAAAGUCAGAGGGAAGGCUGAGAGAGGGGGUGUCCUCCUGGUCCUCGCUGCUUGCAGACUGCAUUGAUGCCGCCGACCUGGAGUGCUCCUUGUGCAUGAGGCUUUUUUACGAACCAGUCUCCACGCCGUGCGGACACACCUUCUGUCUGAAAUGCCUGGAGAGGUGCCUGGACCACAACUCCAAAUGUCCCCUGUGCAAGGAAGACCUCUCAGAGUAUCUGGCCCAGAGACGGUACUGUAAGACGUUCCUGAUGGAGGACCUCAUCGCCAAGUAUCUGCCAGACGAGCUCGUGGACCGGCAGAAAGUUCACGAGGAGGAAAUCGCUGAGCUGUCCAACCUGAAUAAGAACGUGCCUAUAUUCGUCUGCACCAUGGCCUUCCCCACCGUGCCCUGCCCGCUGCACAUCUUCGAGCCGUGCUACCGCCUCAUGAUCCGCCGCUGCAUGGAGAUCGGCACCAAGCAGUUCGGAAUGUGCCUGAGCGAUCCCGUCAAGGGUUUUGCAGAUUACGGCUGCAUCCUGGAGAUCCGGAGCGUGGAGUUCUUCACGGACGGCCGCUCCGUCGUGAACACCGUGGGAAAGAGACGGUUCAGAGUCAUCCAGCACAGCCAGAGAGACGGAUACAACACCGCAGACAUCGAGUACCUGGAAGACAAGAAGGUGGAGGGAGAGCAGGAGGAGGAGCUACGGAAGCUGCAGGACUCUGUGUAUGGUCAGGCCUUAGUCUGGGUGAGCUCCCUCAAGCCUGAGCAAAGGGAACGGAUUCUGGGACACUUCGGACCCAUGCCAGAGAAAGAGCCAGAACCACAGGUUGGUCCCAACGGGCCGUCCUGGUGCUGGUGGCUCCUGGCGGUUCUACCGCUGGAGGGGAGGGCCCAGCUCCCCUUCCUGGCCAUGACCUCCCUCAAAGACCGGCUGAUAGGCAUCCGGCGGGUGCUCCUCUUCAUGUCCCGAAACCGCUCCCGGUGACCUGCCCGCCGGCGACCGUCUUCCCCGCCCGCGCGUCCGCCUUGUCCGACGACUCGCCCUUUCAGGAGACCAAACCCCACAACGCCUUCUGUGCAGAAGUGCCGCCGGGAGGUGGAUUUACUGUUAUUCACUGCUAUCACUGACUGGAAUUUGACAUGAGAAGAAGGAAAGAAACACAGAGUGCCAGUCAUGUUUCUGGAUGUGGUACUCUUCUCUGACUGUGAUUCGCAAACCUACGUGCUUUAAAACAGGGGUGAGCUCAUUGGACAGAGCUGUUGCAUCAGCGGGCAGGUGACCUGGGAGGGACGUCCUGAGCUAGUUUCAGCGUGCUUCAUGACCCUGGCCCUGCACCUGCUAAACGCUUCCCUUCUAAUGGCGUGAUGGAAAUCUUGUCGGACUUUUCCUAAUGAGACACCCUGGGUUUCAUUUUUUUUCCAGUGUUAUUUAUGGUCUGUGAGUGUCACACUGUUUACAUCACUUGGAUCGAUGAUUAAUCGAGCAUUAUUCCGGUGAAAUUAUUCAUUUGUGAAAGGCUCUCCUUUUGUCCAUGUGUUACAUGUUGUACUGUUCUUGGCUGCUUGGCUAACGACUUCAUAAAUUAUUAUCCAUGAUCUUCUAAUUAAAGUAACAGAAACGACGCACCAAGCAAGUCAUUGCAACCUUCCAGGGCUGCCCCAACUGCUGUUCACUCGUGUUUAGGAAACUAAAGUCUGUUUGAAGGACUAAAAAAGACUCAUAUUUGACAUAUUUGGACUGAUUGGUUUAAUAGAACAUGCCUGUGACAUGAGACCCUGACACAACAUUGCCUUAUUUUGUCCUGCUUGACCGUUCAUGUACAUGCUGUGUAAGGGAUAAGAAAAGGGGACAUUGACAACAACAAGUAGCAGUAAGUUCGGCACACUCUGAUGUCCUUCCAUUUGUCAAAGUGUUCUUUACUCUUCAGAAAAAAAGGGUAUCACUAUGGGUUUUAAAUACAUUUACACACAAACUUUUCAUUCCCAAAGCUGAAGGAUAUUUUUAUUUAUGUUAUGUUAACUGAAAUGUAUUUCGUCAACCUGAGUUUGGGGGGGGGGCUGGGCUUGGGGUGGAACUCACCCACUCUACAGGUGCUUUAUGAUAAUUAGGUAGGCAAGAUGUAGAAAUUCUGGGUCAACAAUGACUAAUAUUUAUCUAGCCCAAUCGCCAUGUUGGCUGAUACCAAUACCACCCUGUUUUAAAUUAUAGCACAAAUGCUAAAUGCAGCCGCGUUUCCACAUCUAUAGAAGAUGCAGAUGAGCACAGAUAUCAAACAACCUAUAAAGGAAAGAUUUUACAAAUGUUAUUUUUUUAAGAAAUAUUUUAAACCUAGUUUAGUUCAUUAUUGAGUGGGGAGCAUGAGUCUAGAAAACUACUGAAUGUCUACAGUUUACUUGUGAGUUUGGCUGAUAAAAAUGCUACAUUUAAAUAAAUAAUAAAGAGAUUCAGAAUAUUAUGAUUACUAUGAUUAUGCAAUUUAUAUCCCCUCUCCAUUAUAAGUAUGUAUCACCAUCAUAUCAGCCAUAAUUUUAGCUCUGGGCCGAUAUUCAGUAAAUUCAUCUUAAGCUCUUAUGUUAUUAUUAUAUUAUACAAUAUAUACCCCUGUUAUCUUUGUGAAUCCCUAGCUAAUCUAGGACAUUUUCAUGCAAAAUAUUAUUUAAAAUAUUCACAAAUUUUGCUCCAAAUCAUAAUUCCAUACACCUGGAUAAAUAUGGAUAAAAAAAACUUGUAUGUGAAAAUGAAAAUAGUCAUGUUGAUGUUAACGAUGUUGAGUGUUUAAUCUGGAUAUUGAACAAGAAAAUUGGGCUGUUCCAUUCCUAAUCCAAAAUAUAAAUGCAUAUCAUGUCUAGAAAUUGGCUUUUCAAAAGUAAAUGUGAAAUGCACAACAGUGCUAAGCAGUAAUUGUUUGUUUCAAUACCGGAGGUUUAAUUGUUUGGUAUCAUCUGAGCCCGGGUCUGCUGUUGCUUAUCUUCAACACAUUUUAAUCGUCUUUCUGACACAUCCUGAAGAGCACUACCUUCGGUAUUCCUGCUUUUCACUGAGCUAGGGUCCUUUUCCUUUUUGUGUUGCCUCUAACAUGUCAACAAAAAGUAAAACAUGCUUCCCGAGUGUGCAGAUGCUUCUAAAGGCCAGAGUUACAAAAUCUAUUAGUUACUAGAGCCCUGUGUGUCUCUUUUGCUCUUGUUAAUAUAGAGAAGGUUGGCAUGUUGAAAUAUUCCAUUAUAGGUUUCUACUUAAUGAAGCUUGUUUUAAAAGAAGAGUGUUUCAAAAGACACAUGUGUAGUGCCUUAUGUUUGACUACAUUAAAUGACACCAGUACCAUGCAAUAAUAAUAAUUCUUAUAAUAGAAUUCAGCAGAAAGUAGCUUUUCAUGUAGCGCUUAGAAAGAAUCUUUAUGUUUUUAUAAUUGAAACAGAGCAUCUGUUGCAUAUUCAUGUUCCACUUCUGGAGACCUAAGACAUCAUUUUACAAUAAAAAAUUAAGAUGAUACGGGAAUUUAAUUUUUGGGAAUCAAAAUAGGUUUUUAUCAAUUGGCUCGAUAAAUAUACAUUUUUAGAGUUGCUUGGUUCUGGCCAGAGCCACGUGUUACUCCUUAUUCAAAACAAAGCAAAUACUCUGGAGAAAGACGAGAGUAAUCACUUCCGAAGUUAAAACAUUACAGUGUGGACACAUUGUAAAGUCUGUCUCUAUGGCCAUAGGGAAUGGAACAGGUGCUAGUAGCUCAGUUACUGGAGUUCUAAAUGUCAGGAAAAAAAAUUAAUGAAAUCACGGGCGACAUUUUACAUGAGCUGUACUUUAAUAAGGUGUUUGUAAAUCAUAUUAGCAGUAAUAGGUUGUAUUUGUUGAUAAAUGCUUUAUUAUGUGACAAAGUCAUGAAGCUGUUAUGCAUGUUGUAUGUGAUGAUCACAUUAUGAAAGAACAGGAAGUUACACCAAAGUGUAACUGCAACCAUGCAACCAUUACAGAUUCAAUUAGAUAUUUUUACAUUUUUAUUUCUGUUAUUUGAUAAAAUGGAAGUCUUACAAGUGAUAGAUGGUUAAGACAGUUCAACCACGUGGGAAAUUUGGAUAAUGCUAUAAUGGUAAAAUGAGUUGCAUUUUCCUGGCUUUUAUAAAUCCAAUACUUUGAUUUGCACACUAAUUAUGAAUGCUGACCUACCUCUGUGACAUAUGUGCAUUUAGCUAGUUAAUCUGCUCAAAUAAGCUAAUCAAAGACAAAUAUUUUGAUUUGGGGUAUUUAUAUUUCUGAAGUAGCGACUAGCGAACAUAAGUUCUCUUUUGGUGGCUGUGUGAUAUUUGUAAAAUUGCCUCUUAACAAAAUCUGUGUUUACACAACUGAAUGUAUGUCAUAGAUGUAGCCGUUCUGUCUGAUUGUGUUAGAAUAGUAAUUGAUGAUAUUGUUAUAUAGUGUACAUAUUCUAUUAAAGUUUUGUUCAUAAUA